UCUAACGGUGCCUUGACCUUUGUGUCUUCCAGGCAGACCAGGGAACAGGAGACACCCCCGGACUUCUUCUACUUCUCUGAUCUGGAGAGACACAACGCUGAGAUCGCUGCCUUUCAUCUGGACAGGAUCCUAGACUUCCGGAGAGUGCCCCCGGUGGCGGGAAGACUGGUCAACAUGACCAGGGAGAUACGGGAUGUGACCAGGGACAAAAAGCUCUGGAGGACUUUCUUCAUCUCCCCAGCCAAUAACAUUUGUUUCUACGGCGAGUGCUCCUACUACUGCUCUACUGAGCAUGCUCUGUGUGGGAAGCCAGACCAGAUCGAGGGUUCUCUGGCUGCCUUCCUGCCAGACCUGGCCCUGGCCAAACGCAAGACCUGGAGGAACCCUUGGAGACGAUCCUACCACAAACGCAAGAAAGCAGAGUGGGAGGUGGACCCAGACUACUGUGACGAGGUGAAGCAGACUCCUCCCUAUGACCGUGGUUCUCGUCUGCUGGACAUCAUGGACAUGACCAUCUUUGACUUCCUCAUGGGUAACAUGGACCGGCACCAUUACGAGACUUUUGACAAGUUUGGAAACGAGACCUUCAUCAUCCAUCUGGACAAUGGAAGAGGGUUUGGGAAACACUCCCAUGAUGAGCUCUCCAUCCUGGUGCCUCUGAGCCAAUGCUGCAG